AGCUCAGCUCCGCAAGGUUCAGAUGGCAAAAGCCAUAAAGAGAUAGAUAAGAAUAGAAGUAACACUCCUGAUGUCUCACAUACUUCUGAGGGAAAAGGUCAAGAAGAUGAAGUUUGCAAGGUCUUGACUAAUAAGUGUCACCAGGGGAAUCUGACUGCAUGUUUUCAAGAUUCCGGACAAGCAUCAAAGAAAUUACUCCUGGUAAAAAAUGUGGGAGAGAACACCCUGGAAGUGACUAUCAGUGUCCCAGCAUCUGCAAAAAUUGACACCAAACAGCUGAAGCUAUUGAAACACACACACGAACAGAUCAAUGUCUGGGUAAAUGAUGGAGAAAAUUCAGAAGUAGUAAUAAGUACUGGAAAUGAGAAAUGCAUUCUUCAACUGCAACAGGCACAUGAGUCUGCCGGUGCGCCUGUGUCUGCUGCUGCGGACUUCUUCAAAUGGCUGCCUUCUUACGCCCCCCACAUGACCCCCAUCUAUGGUGCAUAUCUUUUCUUUCUGACGGCGCUGAUUAUUGGAGGUAUGUGGGCCUGUUGCAAGUUUGGUAAGAGGGGGCGACGAGACGGUGGUGGGGUGCCGUAUCAGGAGCUUGAAAUGGGGCUUCCACAUUCAAGUUCAGCUGUAGGGGUGGACUCAGCUGAUGGUUGGGAUCAAGGGUGGGACGAUGAUUGGGAAGAGAAGGCGACUUCGAGGAUGCCAGAGAUACGGCGGGCUGGCAAUGUGUCAGUGAAUGGCCUCACCUCGAGGUUACCUAAUAGAGAAGGGUGGGACGAUGAUUGGGAUGAUUAGAUAUUCAAAUAAAUAAAAAUAAACAAAAAUGGAAUUUUUUGGAGGAAAAAAAGAUAUCAACACGGAAAAAAAGAAGAAGAAGAGAAUUACAUGCCGAAAAAGUGGAUCAAUUGAAAAGGUUAUAUAGCUCAUUUUCAUCUAUUUUCUGAGGCAAAAAACAGACAUUGGGGUUGAUUUGGUAAAUGUUGUAAAAUAGGAGUACAUGUUGGGUGGUUUUGACAGUUUUGUAGCGUUGAAUCAGGUACACUGCAGUUUAUUUCAUGAAAACACACCCAACCGGAACUUAUGAGCAAAAAAGAAUGUCUAUGUUUUCCUCAAUUUAUAAGAUUGGGUCUAUAUUGCUUUUGGUAA